AUGUCGCAUAAAUACCUCAAUCUUGCUCUGAAGAUCUAUUUCCGAUUUUCAAUGCCAGGUCCAGUGCCAGCUCUAAUGCCCGCUCCAGUGCGAGCUAAAAUCAAGGUCAGCCCCAGUGUCAGCUUCGGUGUCGGCUCAAAUAUAUGCCAGCUCAGAUACAUGCCAGCUCCAGUGCCCGCUUCUCUGCAAGCUCCAGUGCCCGCUUCUCUGCAAGAUCCAGUGCCCGCUUCGCUUCCAGCUCCAGUGCCCGCUUCGCUUCCAGCUCCAGUGCCAGCUCUGAUGCCCACUCCGGUGCCCGCUCCGGUGCCCGCUCCGGUGCCCGCUCCGGUGCCAGCUCCGGUGCCAGCUCUAAUGCCCACUCCUGUGCCCGCUCUUGUGCCUACCCCUGUUCCCGCUCAUGUUCCUGCUCGUGUUCCCGCUCUUGUGUCCGCUCCGGUGACCGCUCGAAUGAUUACUCCAGCGUUCGCCUCGAUGCCAGCUCCUGUGCCAGCUCCAAUGCCGGCUCCAAUGCCCCUUCCGGUGCCCACUCCACUAUAUACCAGCUCCGCUCCCUUCACCAUUCCUCCACCGCACUGGUACCUCCUCUCCCCCUCUUACUGGUCUUCCCUCUCCCUCUUCGCACCCCCCGCCAACUACUGUUCGUCUCACUCGCCUAUUCUGCUCACAUUUGACUACUAA